AGCAAGUCUUGAUUAUUGUAUCUUAUCUUUUUCAUAUGUUUUCUCCUACUUUCUAUCUCUGCUCUUCUCUUAAUUUCCAAUCAUGCCUAUCGUUGAAACAAUCCUUGGUGCAGUGCUUGCUGUUGUUUUAGACAAGCUUGCCUCUAAAGAAGUCGUUGAUUUUGUUAAGACAUUAAAGCUUGAUCAAUCUCUUUUUAUGAAGCUUAAGCGCUUGAUGUUAGUUGUUGAAAAAUUGCUUGCUGAUGCUGAACACAGGCAGAUAACCGACCCUGCAGUGAAAUCAUGGCUUAGUGAACUUCAACACAUAUUCUAUCGGACUGAGGAGAUUGUGGAUGAGAUUUCUACACAGGCAUUGCUGUCCUCCAUGAAUGCGACUUCCAAACGUAAGUCAUUGAAUACCAAAGUAAAGAAUUUGUUUCCUGCUUUUAGUAGUUCUUCUUUUGUUAAAACUGCUAACUCGAAAAUGAAGAAAGUAGUUAUUCAACUAGAAGACAUGGUGAGUGAAUCCACUUCCCUGAAUCUUAAAGAGGUUUCUGUUAAAAACACGCUAAGAAGGAUGCCAACCAGUUAUAUGCUUGAUGACACUCAGUUGGUUGGUAGGAAACAAGAGAAGAAGGAGCUGCUCAGCUUCCUUCUUUCCGAGGAAGCUGAACAAAACAAUCUUAGUGUGGUUGCUAUUGUGGGUAUGGGUGGUCUGGGUAAAACAACUCUUGCUAAAAUGGUGUACAAUGAUGAUAGGUUGGGAUUCUUUGAUAUGAAGGCUUGGAUUUAUGUUUCCGAUAGAUUUGAUAUUUUACAAAUUACAAAGUCUGUAAUUGAGUGCAUUACACUUCAGUUGUACUCAGGUUCGCUUGAAUUGAGUGCUCUCCAGUAUGAAUUGAGUAUACUUUUGAAACGCAAGAAAUUUCUUCUUGUCUUGGAUGACGUCUGGAAUGAGAAAUAUGAAGAAUGGGAUUGCUUGCGUGCUCCACUUGCCCUUGGUGCAAAGGUAUGCAAAGUUAUUGUCACGACUAGAAAUGAUGGGGUGACAAAUACCAUGCGCACUGCUAAGGUGAUUCGUUUGAAGCCCUUGUCCGAUGAAGAUGGCUUGUUGCUGCUCUCAAAACAUGCCCUUGGAGUUGGAUAUUUGAGUUCUAGUUUGUGCACGGAGUUCAUCGAUAUUGGUAGAAAAAUUGUUCAUAAGUGCAGUGGUUUGCCUCUAGCCAUUAAAACUCUUGGUGGUAUAUUGUGGUCUAAACAAGAUAUCAAGGAUUGGAAUGUUAUUCUGGAGAGUUCCGUGUGGGAUCUACGUGACAAUCAAAGCAAUAUUGUUCCUGCUUUAAGGCUUAGUUAUCAUCACUUGCCUGCCCAUCUUAAGCAAUGCUUUUCUUACUGUGCCCUUUUUCCCAAGGGUCAUAGAUUUGACAGGAAAGGGUUAGUGCUAUUGUGGAUGGCUCAAAAUUUUGUGCAGCAAUCUAAGAGUAGCAGCAGAAUAGAAUGUAUAGGGGAACAGUACUUAUGUCAAUUGUUAUCAUACUCAUUUUUCGAAAGAACAGACGGCGAUGAAUUCCUCAUGCAUGACCUUAUGCAUGACCUAGCUCAAGAUGUAACUGGAGACUUUUUUGCACGCCAAGAGAGUGGACAUGUAACAUCAAAUAUCUCGGAAAAGGUUCGAUUCUUCUCUUAUUUUCGGGAUCAUUAUGAUGUCUUCUCCAAAUUUGAACACCUCUAUGGAGCCAAGUACUUGAGGACUUUUUGCCCCUUGCCAAGGUGGACAUCAGUUGCAGAGUUGGGGGCAUUAUAUGGGAUUUAUGAUUGCUACUUGAGCAAUAAAAUUUCCACUGAAUUUAUUCCUCAAUUGCAUUGUCUGCGUGUCUUGUCUCUCUGUAAAUAUCACGUUCUCAAGCUACCUGAAUCAAUCGGAAAUUUGAAGCAGCUUCGCUUCCUAGAUGUCUCUGAAACAAGAAUAAAGGAGUUGCCUGAGUCAAUCUGUAAACUUUAUCAUUUACAGACUCUUCUAUUGUUCCAGUGCAAGAAGCUCGAACGACUUCCUGCAAAUUUGUCAAUAUUACAGUCACUGCGCCAUCUUGAUUUAAAGGGAACAUCUUCACUAAGGCAGAUGCCUCAACAUAUAAGCAAAUUGACUUCUCUGCAAACUAUGACGGAUUUUGUACUGUGCGAGCAGGGUGGAGCUAGUAUCAGAGAGUUAAGUGAGUUAAUGCAGAUUCGUGGCGAACUUUCUAUCAGAAGUUUGCAAAACAUUCCUUCCCCUGAUGAAGCCUUAGCUGUAAAUUUGAGCAGUAGGGAGUACCUCCAAGAGUUGGCAUUUACAUUUGAUAAUUUUAGUAAUGAUUGCAAGAAAAGCCGAGCAAUUUUAGAAAAUUUGAAGCCACCAACCAACUUGGAAAGGCUGAUCAUAAAAAAGUAUCCUGGCCUCGCAUUUCCAAGUUGGUUGGAUACCCAACUUUCAAUCUACACAAAUAUAGUCAACUUGUUACUUAGUGGUUGUGUGUAUUGCUACUCAUUACCACCACUUGGACUACUUCCUUCUCUGAAGCACCUUGAAAUUUCGGGAAUGGACUAUAUCACAAGUAUUGGGGCCGAAUUUUAUGCUUACGAUUCUGGUUUGAGCAAUCCAUUUCCUGCCUUAUCUUCCCUGGUUUUCAAAGAUAUGAAGAGUUGGGAAGCAUGGCUAGGACAUGAAAUCGAAGGUAGAAGACUUCCUUUCCCAUGUCUUGAGACUCUAUCCUUACAUACUUGCCCAAAAUUCAAAGGCGAGUUACCUCUUCAUUUACCGUUUCUCAAGGAACUUGACAUCAAAGGGUGCGAUAGAUUACCGAAUUCAUUCUUGCAGCCACCAUCCUUACAUUGUUCACCACAGUCAGCAUCAUUGAGUUUAUUUCAUCUUACAUCACUUGCCUCAUUAAAAUUGCAUAAUUUGAUCCUGUUAGUGAGCUUACCCCCCGAAAUAGACACACUUUAUAAUUUAGAAACUCUGUCUAUCAACAACUGUCCCACCCUAGUCUCACUAGCAGAAUUUAGAUUACCUCCUAAAAUUAGAUGCCUUGAAAUAAUGCAGUGUGAAAUUAUUCGGUCUCUACCCAAGGCAAUGGUUCACUCGACAACACUUCGGGAAUUAUCACUAUAUCAUUGUCCUUGCCUUUGUUUUAAUGGUGAGGAUAACCUGCCCACAUCAUUGACAGACCUUAAAAUCAAAUCAUGUGAGAAGUGGAAAUUUGUCCCGUUUAACAUGCCAAAUACUUCUAAGUUUCAUCACUACUCUCUUGAGUUCAUAACAUUUGAAAACAUUGGGAAAACUCUGAUAUACUUCCCCUUGGGUAUCUUCCCAAAACUCCAACAUCUUACACUUGACAAUUGUAUUGACCUUGAAGCUGUGUAUAUUCCUACAGGAAUGGACCUUAUUAAUCUAAGGUCACUUGAAAGGUUGAUUGUUAAAAAUAAUCCCAAACUAAGAUAUAUAGGGAGAGUAAAGAAGGUUGGGGUAGUAGAUUUGCCUACUCCAAAUCUUCGAGAUUUGCAUAUCUUGUCAUGUGAUAAUGUAAAGCUGCUCACCGGAGAUAGUGAAGAAGGUUUGCCCUCUAAUGUAGAAAUACUAUUCAGUGACAGUUUUGAGAAAAUAAGUGGACACAGGAAUACUCUGAGCUUUCUCAUGUUUUCUUUUCUGAGAGUGUUGCACAUACAACACUACUUAGCUGAGUGCUUUCCUGUAAAGGGUACUCUUCCUACUUCUGUCAGUACACUAAUCCUAGACCAUUUUCCGAAUUUGAAGUUUCUGAAUGUGGAGGCCCUUAAAACCCUUAAAUGUUUUUUGGAAUUACAUAUUUUGCAUUGCCCGAAUCUGAUGUGCUUGCCUGAAGAGAAGUUUCCUCAUACUCUUGGUCGUUUGGAUAUAUCUGGAUGCCCGUUGGUGGAAGUAAGAUGCGAAAAGGAUAAGGGCAUUGAUUGGCCCAAGAUUUCCCAUCUUCCUUGCGUUAAAAUCAAUGACAUUUACAUCUAAGAUCGACUUGAUAUGCCAAAUCUCCCAUAGAAAAGACAAAGUUAUGACCUGAAGCCUUGGUUAUUAGGCGUUAGCGAAGUCUAAUGGAGAAGCAGUAAGAAUAAUCUUGAUCUCUUUACUUGUGCCUGGUAGUUUGCUUGUAACAACUAAUUUUGUUGUAAUGAACUCUCAGAACUAAUUUAUACACUGGCUUUGGAAAUGAACACAAGUGAUAUUGUGAUGGAUGAGGUGCUUGAUUGUGUUUGUUCGAGAGAAGAACUUAAAAAAACCUUUUCUAACACUUGGUUUUCCCACAUUGGUCAUGGGAAGAUGGCGCGGUACCACAGUAGUUGAUGUUGACCCGUAAGCUAUGUUACUCGGACUCUUCGUUUUGACUCACGUACCCGUGUCCGAUCAUUGAUUUUUGGACAUUGGUAUGACUUUUAGGCACUUCACAUUAAGAGUAAAAUUUAAUAUUUAGAUGUACCAGUAUCUCACAUCAGUACUAGAGUCCAAGUAACAUAGCCCGUAAGUUAGAAAGGGGCCUGAGUUAUUAAAAUAACUAAUAAGCCACGCCUUUUUGCUGUAAUAAUUACACAAGAUUUGGUUUUUUCUAAAUGACCCAAAAACAUUUUCAAGGGGUCGGGCUUCUUUGGUCUCAAUGAAGGUCCGCCCCUGAAUGAGGGAACUUAUAUCUAAAUCCCAUCUCCCUUUCUUAGUUGAGCUGUUUUUGAUAGCUACACCUUUAGGGAUUCUAUUCCAUCAAUAUAUAUAGUAUGCUUAGAGGUUACAAGAAUAAGGAAUGUCAUUGGUUGUUUAGACAUAAAUUUAGAUCUGAUGGGUCAUUGGAGCGAUAUAAGGCUCGACUUGUGGUGAAUGGGAAAUCAAAACUUGUUGGUGUUGAUUGUCAUGAGACAUUUAGUCCUGUUGUUAAACUUGCAACCAUACGCACCGUCCUUAGCAUAUCCAUGGGUAGAAAAUGGUGUAUUCACCAGCUUGAUGUCAAAAAUGCAUUCAUACAUGGGAACUUGGAUAAGACUGUUUAUAUGUAUCAACCACCUAGGUUUGUUAACUCUGCUAUGCCCCAUCAUAUUUGCCUUCUUCGUAAGUCUCUAUACGGCCUCAAGCAAGAUGCUAGGGCAUGAUAUCAACGAUUUGCUAGUUUUUUCUUGAAAAUUGGGUUCCGUGCUAGCAAAAGUGAUGCAACUUUGUUUGUGUACAACCAAUAUGGUCAAAUGGCGUAUCUCUGGUUUAUGUUGAUGAUAUAAUUCUCACUACUUCCCAUGACUCUUUGCGCAAACAACUCAUGUCGUCUCUCAAUUCUGAAUUUUCCAUGACUAAUUUAGGCCCUCUUCAUUAUUUACUUGGCAUUGUUGUUCAUCGUCAUGACACUCAUAUGUUUUUGUCUCAAGAAAAAUAUGCAAAGGAAAUAUUAAAGCGUGCUCACAUGAGUACCCGUAAGCCGGUUUCUACCCCUGUUGACACAAAGUCUAAACUUGGUGCUCAUUGUGGUCCUCUCAUUUCUGAUCCUACUUUAUAUCGGAGUCUAGCUGGAGCACUACAGUACAUUACUUUUACAAGACCCGAUAUUUCAUAUGACGUACAACAAGUUUGACUUUACAUACAUGCCCCUUGUGAGCCUCAUUUUUCUGCCCUCAAACCCAUCUUGCAUUACCUACAAGGUAUCGUCAGCCAUGGUCUAUAUUUUAUCCUUCUUCACCUUCACAAUUGACUGCAUAUACAUGCUGAUUGGGGAGGUUUUCCUGAAACCCGGCAUUCUACAAGUGGUUAUUGUGUGUUUCUUAAUGAUAAUAUUGUCUCGUGGUCUUCUAAACGACAACCUACUCUUUUCCGAUCUAGCGCAGAGGCCGAAUACAUUGCCCUCUACGUUGUGCCACCAUUGUUUAUUGUGAUAAUGUGAGUGCUGUAUAUUUGUCCACUAAUCCUGUCCAACACCAUGGGACAAAACAUUUUGAAAUGGACAUUCAUUUUGUUCGUGAAAAGGUUGCCUUGGGAGUACUUCGAGUCCUGCACGUUCCUUCCUCACAUCAAUUUGCAGAUAUUUUUACUAGGUUUGCCACGACAAUUUUUUGUUGGGCCUUUCGUGGCUCUUCUAGGAGUAACUUAGAGCAGGCAUGAUAAAAAUUUGGUAAAGGGUCUGAUUGUUGAAUCAUAGUGGCUACGGUGUCAUAGGCUUUCGAAAGGCCAGCUACGAGGCGCAGGAUCAUCUUAUGAUCUGAAACGGGUUGGUGAGGUUGGCGAAUUGAUCAGCGAGAAGUUUUAUCUGCUGACAGUAGCUUGAUGCAUUAGGGAAAUCAGAUAGAGCAAGUUUAUUAAAUUGAGUUUCUAAAAGAACUGCUCGAGUGUUUUUGUUAUCAUGGAAGAGUUCUUCUACGACUACUUGGGUCCAUACUUCGUGAGCGGUAACGUUGGGUUUGAGAAUGGUUUGUAAAAGAUCAGGUGAGAUUGUGGCAUAUAGCCAUUGUUUAACACGAAACAACUCAUCAUCGAGUCACAUUUCCUUUCUUUUCAAUUUUUGUGUCCAUUUUCUCCAAGUACCUAUUGUUUGUGGCAGUUUUUGGUGUUACAGUGGUAGCUUCUUGGGCGAUAAUCAUUACCACAUUUGUUAGGAUGUAAUUUCCUCGGGCAUUAUUUGUAGUAUCUAUAACAAACUGCACACAGAUAAUACUGAACAGAAAAUCCCUAAACAGCCUCCACUUCUAUUCACAAAUUAUAGAUCUUAUACUUUGAUAUCCCACAUCACUUGCGUGUUUACGAAUACAACGAUGCUCAUUCGAUGUCACUGGGAUAAAGAUCAUAUUCAUGGCUAGCCCAAGAUUUUACCAUAUUCCUCGUAUCAAGAUUGAAGAUCAACCACAUUCCUGUCAACAGUUUAGGGGAUCAGUAAUACUAUUUUUAAACUCUUUCAACAUGCAUAGUAAAUUUGGAUUCAUCGCUGUUUCUGUAAUUUUGUUUCUCUUAUUCGCCGUUAGUAACAACAAACAACCUAACCUUAGACUCGGACACAAAGACGUUUAUUUUGGGAAUUAAAAUUUCUCAAAGUCUAUUUUGGAAUUUUUUAUUAUAAAAAAAAACCCUAUUUUAUCGAAUUUUCCAAAUAUUUAAGGCAUUCACAAUCUUACUAAGUAUUUGUCAACUUUUGAUCCACGUGGAGUUAUGAA